AACAACACCACUUCAUUCACAGACAAAGGCAUUCCAACUUCCAACUAGCAGAAGAAUUUCUCCAGUUUCCAGAAACACAAGCAACAACCAUGAUGAGUGCCAAGACACUCGCUCGGUUUGCCAAGAAGUGGCAGAGGGUGGCGGCUAUGGGGAGGAAGAUGCUCACCUGGUCAUCAUCAAUGUCCGCAGAAGAAACCGAAGGGUCCUGCAGCACGCUGUGCUCGUCAGCGGCUGGCAAGGGUCACUGCAUCGUGUACACAGCCGACAGUGUGAGGUUAGAGGUGCCGCUUGCAUUCCUCGGCACAACCAUCUUCAAUGAGCUCUUGAGGAUGUCCCAAGAGGAGUUCGGCUUCGCAGGUGUUGACGGUGGCAGAAUCACGCUUCCCUGUGAUGCGUCGGUGAUGGAGUACGCCAUGUGCUUGCUCAGGAGAAGCGCCUCUGUGGAGAUGGAGGCCGCGUUCCUCAACACCAUGGCGAUGCCAUGCCACUAUCAUGUGCAGCCACAUCUGGGAGUUAGCCAGCAUUUCGGUGUCUGCAGCUCCUGAUUACCAUCUGCGGAGAUAUAGGAAAAUAGACUAAGGAAAACAGUUUAUAUGUAGCAUUUUGAUCUUGCUAGCAAAGAAGCAAUCAAGGAAUAUGGACAGUAGUUAGAGACAUUGGUCUUUCAAUGUGUACAUAUGCUUUGUUGCAAAGAUAAAUGAUUGAUGACAGUUUUUAGAACCUAA